AUGUACUCGAUCUCAAUCGAUGGAAUAACUGUGAUGGACGACAUUCACAUGUUCGACCACGCACUGGCUGUACUAUUCAGCGCGUACUACGUUUUUAAUAUUGCGUACACAGAAGAGAUUUGCAUCACCUUGGAGUUUAUUCAAAGCCCAAAACCGAUACCCUCUUGGACAGGCAUCCUGGACAGCGCCAGCUUCGGAGACGUGGAGAUCCGCGUCGGGCAGCGCUCGCUGCGGGCGCACUCCGACCUUCUGGGUCGUCUGUCUCCCGUGUUCGCCGCCAUGCUGUCCGGAGAGACCCGCGAGGCGACCGGACGCGUCAUUGUCAUCGAGGACCUGUCGUACGAGGCCGUGCGACAGCUCGUCGAAUACCUGUACGCCGGCACCCUGUCCGGGCUCGUGCAUGGAGCGGCGGACCUCUACGCCGCAGCUGAUAAAUACGGCGUUUCUCAGGUGAAGCAGGCUUGCGCGCGGCAGCUGUCCAACGCGCUGACGCCGGACAACGCACUGCGGGUGUUCGAGCUGGCCGUCCGGCACAGCGACCGAGAUCUGAGCCGGGACUCGGCGCGUUUCAUCGACGCCCACCUGCCCGAGGUGCAAGCGUCCGACGCCUGGGAGACGCUCCUCAAGGACGACAGCUUGACCCUGGCGCUCUUCAAGUGCGCCGCCCGCUACCAGACGACGCGCGCGGACGCGUCGUCUGCUUCGAGCUCGAGCACCAACGUGUGA